ACUAUCUUCUGCAGAAAUGACUAGAAACCUAAGUCCACGGUUCAGAACCACACAGUGCAAAGAGAUUUUAUGUGGAUGUGGGUCUAUGAAAUAAGCAUUGCAACUGAUAAUAGAACUUUGAAUGUGGAUUCCACUGCAAUGACGCUACCUAUGUCUGAUCCAACUGCAUGGGCCACAGCAAUGAAUAAUCUUGGAAUGGCACCACUGGGAAUUGCUGGACAACCAAUUUUGCCUGACUUUGAUCCUGCUCUUGGAAUGAUGACUGGAAUUCCACCAAUAACUCCAAUGAUGCCUGGCUUGGGAAUAGUACCUCCUCCAAUUCCACCAGAUAUGCCAGUAGUAAAAGAGAUCAUACACUGUAAAAGCUGCACACUUUUCCCUCCAAAUCCAAAUCUUCCACCCCCCGCAACCCGAGAACGACCACCAGGAUGCAAAACGGUAUUUGUGGGUGGCCUGCCUGAAAAUGGGACAGAGCAGAUCAUCGUGGAAGUGUUCGAACAGUGUGGAGAGAUCAUUGCUAUUCGGAAGAGCAAAAAGAACUUUUGUCACAUUCGCUUUGCUGAGGAAUACAUGGUGGACAAAGCCCUUUAUCUUUCUGGUUACCGCAUUCGCCUGGGCUCUAGCACUGACAAGAAAGACACAGGCCGGCUCCAUGUUGAUUUUGCACAGGCUCGAGAUGACCUCUAUGAGUGGGAAUGCAAACAGCGUAUGCUAGCAAGGGAGGAACGCCACCGUAGAAGGAUGGAAGAAGAAAGAUUGCGCCCACCAUCCCCACCCCCAGUGGUUCACUAUUCAGAUCAUGAAUGCAGCAUUGUUGCUGAAAAACUAAAAGAUGAUUCCAAAUUCUCAGAAGCUGUGCAGACCUUGCUCACUUGGAUUGAGCGAGGAGAGGUGAACCGUCGGAGCGCCAACAACUUCUACUCCAUGAUCCAGUCGGCCAACAGCCAUGUCCGCCGCCUAGUGAAUGAGAAAGCUGCCCAUGAGAAAGACAUGGAAGAAGCAAAGGAGAAAUUCAAACAGGCCCUUUCUGGAAUUCUCAUUCAAUUUGAGCAGAUAGUAGCUGUGUACCAUUCUGCCUCCAAACAAAAGGCAUGGGACCACUUCACAAAAGCCCAGCGUAAAAACAUCAGCGUUUGGUGCAAACAAGCUGAGGAAAUUCGCAACAUACAUAAUGAUGAAUUAAUGGGAAUCAGGAGAGAAGAAGAAAUGGAGAUGUCUGAUGAUGAAAUAGAAGAAACAACAGAAACAAAAGAAACUGAGGAAUCUGCCUUAGUAUCACAGGCAGAAGCUCUGAAGGAAGAAAAUGACAGCCUCCGUUGGCAGCUUGAUGCAUAUCGGAAUGAAGUAGAACUGCUUAAGCAAGAACAAGGCAAAGCCCACAGAGAAGAUGACCCAAACAAGGAACAGCAGUUAAAACUCCUGCAACAAGCCUUACAAGGAAUGCAACAGCAUCUACUCAAAGUCCAAGAAGAAUACAAAAGGAAAGAAGCUGAACUUGAAAAAAUCAAAGAUGACAAGUUACAGGUGGAAAAAAUGUUAGAAAAUCUUAAAGAAAAGGAAAACUGUGCUUCUAGACUGUGUGCAUCGAGCCAGGAUAGUGACUACCCUCUUGAGAAGACCCUGAACAGCAGUCCUAUCAAAUCUGAACGUGAAGCAUUGCUAGUGGGGAUUAUCUCCACAUUUCUUCAUGUCCACCCAUUUGGAGCAAGCAUUGAAUAUAUCUGUUCCUACCUGCACCGUCUAGAUAGUAAGAUCUGCACCAGUGAUGUGGAAUGUCUCAUGAGCAGACUUCAGUAUACCUUCAAACAAGAAAUGACUGGAGUUGGAGCUAGUCUGGAGAAGAGAUGGAAAUUCUGUGGCUUUGAGGGGUUGAAACUGACCUGAAUCCAUCUGCCUAACAACCUGGGAUCCUGAAAAUAAAUGUGUGUUGGACAAGCUUAGAAAGUGAUUUCUGUUUUCAAUGGUUUCCAAGUGGAAAUUGAUUUAAAUUGUUCAGCUCAUUCCUGGAAUCUAUUUUGACGUAAAACAAGGAUCCUACAGCACCUUGAGCUACAGGCCCUAAAAAGAAAUUGACUCAAACCUCAAGUGCUGUAACUUCCUCCCUUUUUGUCCAUUGAUUCUUUGUUUUUAUUAG